AGAUAACUUUUUCAUAUACCUGAUAGUCACCAUAUGGCUCUUUCUCAAGAAGGCUACCCGACCACUUUCAGGAACCCCACUCCUCUAGAAUCUAUUUUCCCUAAACUCCAGUCCCAAUAGAGAAGACUGAGGGGGACUUCUGUUGGUGUUUCGGCACCUACAACACGAAGUGAGGUGGUGGCCAGCUGGAGCUUCCAGGAAUGAUGGGGCCAACCCACCGCAGCAGGCCCCCUCGCUGCACCUGACCCAGAAUGGAGCUCAAGGUUUGGGUGGACGGGGUCCAGAGGGUCGUAUGCGGGGUCACCGAGGCAACCACCUGCCAGGAAGUGGUCAUCGCUCUGGCCCAGGCCAUAGGCCGCACUGGGCGCUAUACCCUGGUUGAGCAAUGGCGAGACACAGAGCGCCACCUGGCCCCCCACGAGAGCCCAGUGGCCUCCAUCAACACCUGGGGUCAGUAUGCCGGUGACGUCCAGCUGAUCCUGCACCGCACAGGCCCCUCCCUGACUGAACGCCCCCCUUCCGAGGGGCCCCCGCUUCGAGGCCCGGAACGCGGUCUCCACCGGCAGAGCCUCCCCCCACUUGCCAAGCUCCGCCACCCCAGUGAGCGCUCUCUCCGCCGCCGUGAGCCGCGCCGCAAGUCCCUCACCUUCUCCGGCAGGCCCCGGGGCCUCCGGGACAUCCUGAAUGGAGGCCGGGCUUGGGAGGAGAGGGAGGCCGAGGCCAAACGACGUCUCCUACUCCAGGGGAACGGUGGGAACCAGAACCACCACCACCAUGUAGCAGCCGAAGCAGUAGCCCCAGGGGAGGCAGUGUCCCCCGGCAUGUGGGCCUGCCGCAUGGAUGACUUGGUCAGACUGGUGGGGCUCCAGAGAGAGACUCUGGGUGUGCUGGAGAACAGGCUGGAGGCCUAUGAGGCUGAGCUGCAGACCUGGGGUGGAGGAGGGGGAGAGGAGGCAAGAGGAGCGGGAGGGCUGGUGGAGGAGAUAGUGAGGCUGGAGAGACGACUGAGGAAGAACGAAGUGGAGAUGGAGGAGGAGGAGUUCUGGGCCAGCGAGCUGCAGAUUGAGCUGGAGAGCGAGAGGCAGCUAGAGGACAAGCUUGAGGAGCUAACGGGACGUCUGCAGGGAGCUAAAGUUGACCUGGGGGACAGGAUGGUUCUGGUACAGGGUGUGGAAGCGGGUCUUGAGGAGGAGCGUCUGCGGUGGGAGAGACAGGAGACUCAGAGGGUGAGCGAGGUGGAGGCCAGGGCGCAGUUGCUUAGGACCCGCACGGAGCUCAAGACCCAGGACAGACAAGCCGUCCAGCUAGAGAGCAGCUGCAGAGCCGUGGACAGGUCCCUGAGCCAGAGUAGCAAGAGAAUGCAGGACAUGCAGCAUGAGCUGGAGCAGCUGACCAAGGAGCUGAGACAGGUCAACCUGCAGCAGUUCAUCCAGCAGACUGGCACCAAGGUCACCGUGCUGCCAGCCGAGCCCAGUGAGGAUGAGGAGGAGACUACCCACACCGGACAGGGCACAGACUUGGUUCCUCUGUCCGGUUCCCUGAAGCGUCCAGUCUCCUCGAUGCCCAGUCACCUUCGGGUCCUGCAAAGCCCGCUGACAUCUGGCUUGAACCCAGAAGGGAUCUACGUGUAAGAGGACACAGAGGGGGAUAUCUAUGUUCCAUGCCAGCUGGCCCCCUCACUACCAACCUAAAGGUAGCCUGCUUGGUAGUCUGGUCCCAAAACGGUUGUCUUCUCCUCUCCUAUUCACUCCUAGUCAGGAGUUGGUUAUAUACAGAUCUGGGAUAAGACUAGCUCAAUGAUGUAAUAGCAUGAAACUUCAGUAACACUCUCCUGUCAUGGAUAAAGGACCUACACUUACACAGAGGAUAGAGGCCAUUGUGUACAAGCACUCCUAGUCUCCCACAUGGGACAACACAUGACGAUUGCUCCAACGAUGAAGGGAAGACUAUGGGUAACCUACCUGACUGCAGGAUGGGGCACUUAGCUUGGAUGAACAGUGUAGAAAACAUUAGGAACACCUGCUCUUUCCAUGACAUAGACUGAUCAGGUGAAUCCAGGUGAAAGCUAUGACCCCUUAUUGAUGUCACUUGUUAAAUCCACUUCAAUUAGUGUAGAUGAAGGGGAGGAGACCCGUUAAAGGAUUUUUGAUCCUUGAGGCAUGGAUUGUGUAUGUGUCCCAUUCAGAGGGUGAAUGGGCAAGAAAAAAGAUGUAAGUGCCUUUGAACGGAACGGGCUGUGGUAGUAGGUGCCAGACGCACCGGUUCGGGCAUGUCAGGAACUGCAAUGUUGCUGGGUUUUUCACGCUGAACAGUUUCCAGUCUGUAUCAAGAAUCGUCCACAACCCAAAUGACAUCCAGCCAACUUGACACAACUAUGGGAAGCAUUGGAGUCAACAUGGGCCAGCCACAUCUUGUAGAGUCCAUGCCCUGGAGAAUUUAGGCUGUUCUGAGGGCAAAAGGGGUGCAACUCAAUGUUCGUAAGGUGUUCCUAAUGUUUGGUACACUUGGUGUAGUUGAAAUAGACAAUAUAGCAACAGACAUAAGAACCAUGUGUCAUAGCCCAAAUGGUUGCCUAUCUAUGGAAACCUUGUGACUAAAAGUGAUGCGUAAUUAUCAUCAUCAUCAUUGCCAUUAUCAUCAUCAUCACCGUUUUCAUCCCUUUAAAGUGCAAUUACUUUAUUUUUCAUUUAAAUGAUUUAAGCUGUAAUGUAGCUACAUUUGGACUGCAUUGAUUCAUGGAUGAGAUGUCGAUAUGGUGGCCCUAUGGGGCAAAGUAGCUUUUCAUGGAUUUCUGUUUCAGAAGCAUUUACACUGUGUAUUUAUCAUAUCAAACUUUGACCCUCAGCUACAUCAACCAACAUGCAGACUGUUUCUGUUCUGUUCUGAUUUUCAUUAUACACUAGGUACAGUACAACAUACAACAAGUAGUUCAAUGUUUUAUUACUGAAGAAAGGAUAGAUGGUAACCUAUGUCUCCAUAAGUGUUAAUAUGUCAAUUAUUGUCAAUGCAUAUUUCAUAUACAGUGCCUUUGGAAAGGAUUCAGACUCCUUGACUUUUUCCACAUUUUGUUACGUUACAGCCUUAUUCUAAAUGGAUUAAAUAAAACCUUUUCCUCAGCAAUCUACACACAACACCCCAUGAUGACAAAAUUGAUCUCAGGUGUAUCCUGUUCCCAUUGAUCAUCCAUGAGAUGUUUCUACAACUUCAUUAUAGUCCACCUGUGGUAAAUUCAAUUGAUUGGACAUGAUUUGGAAAGGCACACACCUGUUUAUAUAAGGUCCCACAGUUGACAGUGCAUUUCAGCAAAAAUCAAGCCAUGAGGUCAAAGGAAUCGUCCGUAGUGCUCCGAGACAGGAUUGUGUCGAGGCACGGAUCUGGGGAAGGGUACCAAAACAUUUCUGCAGCAUUUCUGCAGCAUCCCCAGGAACACAGUGGCCUCCAUUAAUCUUAUCAAAUGAAAUUGUAUUUGUCACAUGCGCCGAAUACAACAGUGAAACGCUUACUUACAAGCACUUAACCAACAAUGUAGUUUUAAGAAAAUACCUAAACAAAAGUAAGAAAUAAAAGUAAGAAAUAAUUAAAGAGCAGCAGUAAAAUAACAAAAGCGAGGCUAUAUAAAAGGGGUACCGGUACAGAGUCAAUGUGCGGGGACACCAGUCAAGGUAAUUGAGGUAAAAUGUACAUGUAUGUAGAGUUAUUAAAGUGACUAUGCAUAGAUAAUAACAGAGAGUAGCAGCAGCAUAGAAGAGGGAGGGAGGCAAUGCAAAUAGUCUGGGUAUCCAUUUGAUUAGAUGUUCAGGAGUCUUAUGGCUUGGGGGUAGAAGCUGUUUAGAAGCCUCUUUGACCUAGACUUGCCGCUUGCCGUACGGUAGCAGAGAGAACAGUCUAUGACUAGGGUGGCUGGAGUCUUUGACAAAAAAAAUCUGAAAUGGAAGAAGUUUGGAACCAGCAAGACUCUUCCUAGAGCUGGCAGCCCAGCCAAGCUGAGCAAUCGGGGGAGAAGGGCCUUGGUCAAGGAGGUGACCAAGAGCCCGAUGGUCACUGACAGAGCUCUAGAGAUCCUCUGUGGAGAUGGGGAGCCUUCCAGAAGGACAACUAUCUCUGCAGCACUCCACCAAUCAGGCCUUAAUGGUAGAGUGGCCAGAAGUAAGCCACUCCUAAGUCAGGAUAUAGGCAAAGAUGAACGGAGCAAAGUACAGAGAGAUCCUUGAUGAAAACCUGCUCCAGAGCACUUAGGACCUCAGACUGGGGCGAAGGUUCACCUUCCAACAGAACAACGCCCCUAAGCACACAGCCAAGACAACGCAGGAGUCGCUUCGGUACAAGUCUCUGAACGUCCUUGAGUGGCCCAGCCAGAGCCCAGACUUGAACCCGAUCUAAUAUCUUUGGAGAGACCUGAAAAUAGCUGUGCAGUGACGCUCCCCAUCCAACCUGAAAGAGCUUGAGAGGAAUAGGAGAAACUCCCCAAAUACAGGUGUGCCAAGCUUGUAGUGUCAUAUCCAAGAAGACACGAGCCUGUAAUUGCUGCCAGGUGCUUCAACAAAGAAUUGAGUUAAGGGUCUGAAUACAGUAAAUGUAAUAUUAAAGUUUAAAAAAAAAAAAAUAUAUAUAUAUAUAUAUAUAUAUAGAAAUAAGCACAUUUUCGAAAAACAUGUUUUUGCUUUGUCAUUAUGAGGUAUUGUGUGUAGAUUGAUAUUUUUUUAAAUUUAAGAAUACGGCUGUAAUGUAACAAUGUAGAAAAUGUCAAGGGGUCUGAAUAAUUUCCGAAUGCACUGUAUGUGAUAUGACAACUGAUCUAUUCACUUAUUGAAAUGGUAGAAUACUGUAGAUAGUAUAAAGCUUGGUCACUAUUCACAUUUAUUUCCAUUACUGAGGUAGAAGCAGAACUUUGGCAACUGUGUAUGUACUUUACGCAAUAUUGUUAAUGCAACAGUAUUGAAUGAACCGCCAGUGUCAGUUUUCUCUUUUAUCUUGCUCUGACAAUAUGACUAUGUUACUAUGCCAAAAUGUUUAAGCAUAUUCAUCUGUAAAGAAAUGUGACCAAAGAUUAGAGGUCUUAUUGCAUCUGUUUGGUUUUCCAAAUAGCCAUAUCUGAAUACUUAUUUAAAGCUUAGUGACAGUAAAUUGACUUUUGUAAGAUCCUAAGAGGGAGUAGUUUGCCUCAAUUGAAAGAUAUGCAACACUGAUAUAAAAGGUCAAACUGAUCUUAGAUCAGCACUCCUACACUGAGACAUGUUUAUGAAUACAGGCCCUGGGACCAGGUUUGAGUAGUAGUGCUGCUCUAAGAUCAGUUUGACCUUUUAUAUCAUAAUGAGUACGAUUAUAUGGCCAGAGAGGACCUGGUCCUAAAUCAUGACCCCUAAUCUGAGAAGAUUUGUGGAUAAUGGCCCAGACCAGUUUUUCCUGUCUUGCAAAUUCCUUGGCAUGACAAUGACCAGAGGAGUUGCCAAAACAGCACAAACUGAUCUGGAACCAGGCUAAUGCAAUACACCACUGACUAAGGGCCUGAUUCAAUCUGUAGCACUAAAAGACCUGCACUAUGGAGCGAUUGAAAUUGAAAGGCAAUGUUCCCGUGUUUGCGGAGACUAUAUUUACAUUAAACGCUGCAUAUGUCAUCUCAACCUUUCAAUCGCGCUAUAAGGCGGACCUUCAGCGCUACUGAUAGAAUCAAGCCCUAAAAUCUGAUAAAACAACACUCCAUUUUAGUUUCUGCAUUCAAGAAGAAAUGGACCAAUUAUUGCUGUACACAAUAUCAUAAUUGCCUUCAAUGUACAGAAUGGCCUGUCUCAUUGGUUUUGAUAAACAAAUGGUUCACUGCUACUCAUCUUUUAAUAAGUUCUUAACAAGUGCCUUAUGCUUAUUUCUACAUAUAUACAAAUAAUGUAAAGCUUUACCAGGAAUUAUUCCAACAAUGACCCUGCUCUGUUCUAGCCUGGUCCCAGAUGUGUUUGUGCGGUCUUGCUAACUCCUAUAGUCAUUGUUCCGCCAGUGACCACGAGUUGGCAAGACAGCACAUGCAGAUCUGGGACCAGGCUAGCUGUGUUCAUUGUGUGAGUAAGAUGUUUAUGGAAGAAACAGGUGGUUCGACAUUCAUUUCGGAUAGAUUUAGUUACAGCCUAUAUACUUACGAUGGUUUUAGCAGUCAUUUCAGAUAGAUUUAGUUACAGCCUAUAUACUUACGAUGGUUUUAGCAGUCAUUUCAGAUAGAUUUAGUUACAGCCUAUAUACAGUGCCUUGCGAAAGUAUUCGGCCCCCUUGAACUUUGCGACCUUUUGCCACAUUUCAGGCUUC